CAUUAAGCACCGAUUUGUGCCAAUUUCUUUUUAGAUGGCAUUUUCGUAAUUUUUUGGAUGACGAGAGGCCAUUUUAUUUGGAUUUUGAAGGCUACGGAUCACAGAUUCGGCCUGAGGCUAUUCUUCAACAAUGAUUAAGUCCAUCAAGCCCAGAUUUUUAUGGAUUUAUUCCGGGUCAAUUUUUGGCAGAUUCCAAAGGGUAUCAUCACAGAUUUGAGAGAUUUUUUUGAAAUGUCAUUUUCUUUUGAUUCUGGAGGCUACAGAUCACGUGAUCAGGCCGAGACUAUUCUCCACCAAUAAUGAAGUCUAUAGAUCCUAUUCUCCAUGAUGAUAAGUCCAUCAAGCAUCGGUUUGGGCCAAUUUCUUUUCUGAUGACAUUUUCGUAAUUUUUUGGACGAGGAGAGGCCAUUUAUUAGGAAUUUGAAGGCUACAAAUCACGGAUUCAGUCUGAGGCUAUUUUUCAACAAUGAUUAAUUCCAUCAAGCCCCGAUUUGGGCGGAUUUAUUCCGGUCAAUUUUUGGAAGAUUCCAAAGGGGGUUCAAUCACAGAUUUGAGGCGAUUUUUUCGAAAUGUCAUUUUCUUUCGAUUCUGGAGGAUACAGAUUACAGAAUAAGGCCGAGGGUAUUCUCCACCGAUAAUGAAGUCUAUAGAUCCUAUUCUCCAAAGAUGAUAAGUUCAUUAAGCACCGAUUUGUGCGAAUUUCUUUUCGGAUGGCAUUUUCGUAAUUUAUUGGACGAGGAGAGGCCAUUUUAUUUGGAUUUUGAAGGAUACAAAUCACGGAUUCGGCCUGAGGCUAUUCUUCAACAAUGAUUAAGUCCAUCAAGCCCUGAUUUGGGCGGAUUUAUUCUCGCCAAUUUUUGGCAGAUUCCAAAGGGGGUCCAUCACAGGUGUCGGAUGAUUUUUUCGAAAUGUCAUUUUCUUUCGAUUCUGGAGGAUACAGAUUACAGAAUAAGGCCGAGGGUAUUCUUUACCGAUAAUGAAGUCUAUAGAUCCUAUUCUCCAUAGAUGAUAAGUCCAUUAAGCACCGAUUUGUGCAAAAAAAAAUUCUGAUGACAGUUUACGUAAUUUUUGGACGAGGAGAGGCCAUUUUAUUAGUAUUUUGAAGGCUACAGAUCGCGGCUUCAGCCUGAGGUUAUUCUUCAAUAAUGAUUAAGUCUGUCAAGCACCGAUUUGGGCGAAUUUAUUCCGGGUCAAUUUUUGGCAGAUUCCAAAGGGGUACUAUCACAGAUUUGGGGCGAUUUUUUCGAAAUGUCAUUUUCAUUUGAUUCUGAAGGCUACAGAUCACGUAAUCAGGCCAAGACUAUUCUCCACCAAUAAUGAAGUCUAUAGAUCCUAUUCUCCAUAGAUGAUAAGUCCAUUAAGCACCGAUUUGUGCAAAUUUCUUUUCGGAUGUCAUUUUCGUAAUUUUUUUGGGAGUGGAGAGGUCAUUUUAUUUGGAUUUUGAAGGCUACAGAUCACAGAUUCGGCCUGAGGCUAUUCUUCAACAAGUAUUAAGUCCAUCAAGCCCCGAUUUGGACGGAUUUAUUCCCGGUCAAUUUUUGGCAGAUUCCAAAGGGGUACCAUCACAGAUUUCAGGCGAUUUUUUCGAAAUGUCAGUUUCUUUCGAUUCUGGAGGAUACAGAUUACAGAAUAAGGCCGAGGGUAUUCUCCACCGAUAAUGAAGUCUAUAGAUCCUAUUCUCCAUAGAUGAUAAGUCCAUUAAGCACCGAUUUCUGCGAAUUUCUUUUUGGAUGACAUUUUCGUAAUUUUUUGGACAAGGAAAGACCAUUUUAUUAGGAUUUUGAAGGCUACAUAUCACGGAUUCGGCCUGAGGUUAUUCUUCAACAAUGAUUAAGUCCGUCAAGCACCGAUUUGGGCCGAUUUAUUCCGGGUCAAUUUUUGGCAGAUUCCAAAGGGGUACCAUCACAGAUUUCAGGGGAUUUUUUCGAAAUGUCAGUUUCUUUCGAUUGUGGAGGAUACAGAUUACAGAAUAAGGCCGAGGGUAUUCUCCACCGAUAAUGAAGUCUAUAGAUCCUAUUCUCCAUAGAUGAUAAGUCCAUUAAGCACCGAUUUGUGCCAAUUUCUUUUCGGAUGGCAUUUUCGUAAUUUUUUGGGCGAGGAGUGGCCAUUUUAUUUGGAUUUUGAAGACUACAGAUCACAGAUUCGGACUGAGGCUAUUCUUCAACAAGUAUUAAGUCCAUCAAGCCCUGAUUUGGACGGAUUUAUUCCCGGUCAAUUUUUGGCAGAUUCCAAAGGGGUACCAUCACAGAUUUCCGGCGAUUUUUUCAAAUGUCAGUUUCUUUCGAUUCUGGAGGAUACAUAUUACAGAACAAGGCCGAGGGUAUUCUCCAGCGAUAAUGAAGUCUAUAGAUCCUAUUCUCCAUAGAUGAUAAGUCCAUUAAGCACCGAUUUGUGUGAAUUUCUUUUCGAAUGACAUUUUCGUAAUUUUUUGGACAAGGAGAGGCCAUUUUAUUAGGAUUUUGAAGGCUACAGAUCACGGAUUCGGCCUGAGGUUAUUCUUCAACAAUGAUUAAGUCCAUCAAGCACCGAUUUGGGCCGAUUUAUUCUAGGUCAAUUUUUGGCAGAUUCCAAAGGGGUACCAUCACAGAUUUCAGGCGAUUUUUUCGAAAUGUCAGUUUCUUUCGAUUCUGGAGGAUACAGAUUACAGAAUAAGGCCGAUGAUAUUCUCCACCGAUAAUGAAGUCUAUAGAUCCUAUUCUCCAUAGAUGAUAAGUCCAUUAAGCACCGAUUUGUGCGAAUUUCUUUUUGGAUGACAUUUUCGUAAUUUUUUGGACAAGGAAAGACCAUUUUAUUAGGAUUUUGAAGGCUACAGAUCACGGAUUCGGCCUGAGGUUAUUCUUCAACAAUGAUUAAGUCCGUCAAGCACCGAUUUGGGCCGAUUUAUUCUGGGUCAAUUUUUGGCAGAUUCCAAAGGGGUACCAUCACAGAUUUCAGGGGAUUUUUUCGAAAUGUCAGUUUCUUUCGAUUGUGGAGGAUACAGAUUACAGAAUAAGGCCGAGGGUAUUCUCCACCGAUAAUGAAGUCUAUAGAUCCUAUUCUCCAUAGAUGAUAAGUCCAUUAAGCACCGAUUUGUGCCAAUUUCUUUUCGGAUGGCAUUUUCGUAAUUUUUUGGGCGAGGAGUGGCCAUUUUAUUUGGAUUUUGAAGACUACAGAUCACAGAUUCGGACUGAGGCUAUUCUUCAACAAGUAUUAAGUCCAUCAAGCCCUGAUUUGGACGGAUUUAUUCCCGGUCAAUUUUUGGCAGAUUCCAAAGGGGUACCAUCACAGAUUUCCGGCGAUUUUUGCAAAUGUCAGUUUCUUUCGAUUCUGGAGGAUACAUAUUACAGAACAAGGCCGAGGGUAUUCUCCAGCGAUAAUGAAGUCUAUAGAUCCUAUUCUCCAUAGAUGAUAAGUCCAUUAAGCACCGAUUUGUGUGAAUUUCUUUUCGAAUGACAUUUUCGUAAUUUUUUGGACAAGGAGAGGCCAUUUUAUUAGGAUUUUGAAGGCUACAGAUCACGGAUUCAGCCUGAGGUUAUUCUUCAACAAUGAUUAAGUCCAUCAAGCACCGAUUUGGGCCGAUUUAUUCUAGGUCAAUUUUUGGCAGAUUCCAAAGGGGUACUAUCACAGAUUUCAGGCGAUUUUUUCGAAAUGUCAGUUUCUUUCGAUUCUGGAGGAUACAGAUUACAGAAUAAGGCCGAUGGUAUUCUCCACCGAUAAUGAAGUCUAUAGAUCCUAUUCUCCAUAGAUGAUAAGUCCAUUAAGCACCGAUUUGUGCGAAUUUCUUUUUGGAUGACAUUUUCGUAAUUUUUUGGACAAGGAAAGACCAUUUUAUUAGGAUUUUGAAGGCUACAGAUCACGGAUUCGGCCUGAGGUUAUUCUUCAACAAUGAUUAAGUUCGUCAAGCACCGAUUUGGGCCGAUUUAUUCCGGGUCAAUUUUUGGCAGAUUCCAAAGGGGUACCAUCACAGAUUUCAGGGGAUUUUUUCGAAAUGUCAGUUUCUUUCGAUUGUGGAGGAUACAGAUUACAGAAUAAGGCCGAGGGUAUUCUCCACCGAUAAUGAAGUCUAUAGAUCCUAUUCUCCAUAGAUGAUAAGUCCAUUAAGCACCGAUUUGUGCCAAUUUCUUUUCGGAUGGCAUUUUCGUAAUUUUUUGGGCGAGGAGUGGCCAUUUUAUUUGGAUUUUGAAGGCUACAGAUCACAGAUUCGGACUGAGGCUAUUCUUCAACAAUGAUUAAGUCCAUCAAGCACCAAUUUGGGCGGAUUUUUUCCGUGUCUAUAUAUUUUUGGCAUAUUCCAAAGGGGUACCAUCACAAAUUUCAGACGAUUUUUUCGAAAUGUCAUUUUCUUUCGAUUCUGGAGGAUACUGAUUACAGAAUAAGGCCGAGGGUAUUCUCCACCGAUAAUGAAGUCUAUAUAUCCUAUUCUCCAUAGAUGAUAAGUCCAUUAAGCACCGAUUUGUGCGAAUUUCUUUUUGGAUGACAUUUUCGUAAUUUUUUGGACAAGGAGAGACCAUUUUAUUAGGAUUUUGAAGGCUACAUAUCACGGAUUCGGCCUGAGGUUAUUCUUCAACAAUGAUUAAGUCCAUCAGACACCGAUUUGGGCGAAUUUGUUCCGGGUCGAUUUUUGGCAGAUUCCAAAGGGGUACUAUCACAGAUUUCGGGCGAUUUUUUUGAAAUGUCAUUUUCCUUUGAUUCUGAAAGCUACAGAUCACGUAAUAAGGCGAAGACUAUUCUCCACUAAUAAUGCAGUCUAUAGAUCCUAUUCUCCAUAGAUGAUAAGUCCAUUAAGCACCGAAUUGUGCCAAUUUCUUUUCGAAUGACAUUUUCGUAAUUUUUUUGGACGAGGAGAGGCCGUUUUAUUUAAUGAGGAAGAUUAACUACCAUAACUAUGUACAUAAAAAAAUAUCGUUAAAUCUAAACCUAAAUGAUGUCACGUAAUUAACAUUGUAUAACCAUACCAAUCAGAUGGAGUAGUUAAAUCUAAACCUAAUUGGCACGAUUAAACAUUGUAUAAGUUGCAAAUAUAUGAAGGAAUACCGAAAUUGCUUUGUAAGUGAUAUUGGAAAAUAUAUGAUAGGAAAUCGACUGAUUUUUGUACAUAGUAUUAAAUUCCUGAUUGAAAGAUCGCGUUCUAAUUUUAAUAAACGACCUUCAAUAUUAAUAAUUGAUUUUAACAUAUGAUACUGUGGAUUUGUACAAACUUCUAAAUCAUCGAUCCAUUUUCAUUUAUAGCACUUCUACUAUGCUAUAUAGUAUUGGUGCUUUAAUGUACAAUUUAAAGUUGUACCAUAACAUUAAAUGUAUAAGUUUAGGUUGUAUCAUAAAGCAAUUUGUACCAUUAUGUUAUGGUACAACUUUACAACUUGAAGUUGUACCAUCACAUAAAGGUACAAGUUCAAG